GACUUCUCAUCCGGGAUUUUCUAACAAAGGAAACCGCAAUCCACAGAGCGUGAUAAAAGAUUUGUCAAUAUCUGUUCAUCGUGGUGGGCCUGAAUCUCUUCGCUCUGAAAUGGCAAUUCUUCGGUCCAACAAGGAGCAGAGGAUCAAGAUUGCAGAGUUGAACCCGUUCAUAACGUGUGAACUAUGCAAGGGAUAUUUGAUCAAGCCAACAACCAUUGCCGAGUGUUUACACACAUUCUGCAGAAGUUGCAUUGUGCAGAAUCUUCAAGACAACGAGGAAAAUAUCUGCCCGAAGUGUUCCACGGUUAUUCAUGAAACCAACCCAUUUGAGAUGCUAAGAUCAGACCAAAUGUUAGAAGAUAUUAUCUUCAAAUUGGUGCCAGGACUACAAGAAAGAGAAAGGUGUCGUUUAGAGGAAUUCAAUAAAAACGUGCGAUCAGGGAAGGAGGACAUAGGCUUGCUUAAAAACAGGCACAAAGACUCAUUGACAGAUGAACCUCCUCAUAAGAAAUACAGAAGCCUGUCACGUAAGGCGCAACACUCAGAUGACUCAGACGGUAAACACAAUUUCCACAGAGACGAUCCACAGAUUGGUGUCUGUCUUCAAUAUCUCAGGGACUGUAUCGAUGAUGGAUCAGAAUGCGGCGAAGCAAAACCUGACUCUGGAAACACGGAAUCCCAGAAACUAUCCGAAAGAUCCAGAGAAGAGUCGAAUUUAAAUGGUCCGAUGUGGGAACUCGUUAGGAAAUACAUCAGAUGCUCGUCAAGAACAACAAUCGGUCACAUCAAGAAAUAUCUAAAGCUCAAGCUAAAUCUUUCAGCUGUCGAUCAGGUUGAAGUGAUGUGCAACGGAGAAAUCAUGGGUAAAGAUCACACUCUAGAGUUCGUUUUCAUGACAAGAUGGAGGGUGAAGGCAAGUAGAACUCAUCAAAAUGAAUUUUAUUCUGAAAUAAUGGUCGUACAUUGUGAGAGCCUGGUUUUUGGAUUAUCCUAUGCACGUGUUAAAUUGUGUUGUGUGUGCGUGAGACAGGGUUGGCGAAUUGAACACCGCGUAAAAUUAGAAAAGGCUAGUGCACAAUCUCCUGGACCCAGUUGUUCGAAGGCCGAUUUGUGCUAACCCAAGGUUAAAUUUUAACCCAGGUUUCUUCAUUCCUUUAUUCAAAAGCCUUUUUUUUCUGUAUCCUUUUUAGAGCAUCCAAUAACCUUAUUCUAGACUGAAUUUUCUUUGAAAGUUUUCAGAUCUUAAAUAAGAUUUCACACUAAUUCUGGGUUAACUUAACCCAGCUCUCAACAACCCAGCCCAGGACUUGUUGGGCGAGCUAUUUCGCAUGUUUUAUAGUUUUGUUCUCAGUGCACUGGUAUCGACGCCUCGCAUCGUCAAUGCGAAAUAUCUAUACAGCGUCUCCAUAUUGGAUGCUACUCAUUUUGCGCACACGAAAAUUUCAUUGUUUACACAAAGCUAAUGGGAAACGCGUUUCCAAAUAUGUUUUAGAUCUUUGCGACAUCGUGUGAGUCAGGUCAAAUGUAAUUACGAGGCAAUUUCUGGAUUUGGCUUCAGCGAUCGCCUUUUGAGAUUUUUAGAUAAGAAUACAGAAUUCCAAUUUAUUGCACCAGUUAGCUUGUUUUUUAUGAAGGGUCUUGACGUGAUGACAACCAUUUCAUGUUUUUUUAGUGAAUGCUUCUAUCUUUGCAUACAUUUAACUAGUUAACUCUUUCUCCCAAAGAUAACUUUGUUUAACUUUUUUCUCCUUUCACAGGACAGUACAAUUUUAACCCUCCAGUACCGACCUAAACUGGAUUUUUUAUGACAAUUGAAUAAAAGAUUUUAGUUAAAAACAGAGAACACUCUAAUUAACAUGUAACCUCUUCUUAGACAAAUUCAAGCCAUAUUCACCAAACAAGUCUCAAGAAUAGAAAAAUUGGCCAGCUCCAGUGUUUGUCUUGAUUUCUCUUUUACUUCACAUCACUCUUUACCAAUUCACAAGGAAAUGCAGCUAAAAGGAAAAUUGAUUAUUAGCUGUUUACAGUUUAAAGGUUAAUGUAGUUUGUUUUUUCUUUAGAAAUCACAAGUUAUUUAUUUUAUUAGUUCAGAGAAAGAGGGAAAAACCCAAACUUUAAUCUUCCUCUGAAAAGGGCGGAGGGAGGAGGCUUGAACCAGUCUCCUUCCUCUAUAAAAGAUUUAGCCUGCGAGUUAAAUGGCAAUCCGAACUAGUCUUGAUGACGCUUCUAUUUGGUAGGGUUGACUAAUUUUCACGUCUUCUUGAAAAUCAGUAAUAGAUGAAACAUCAUCUUGAACGAUUUCCCCUUCCAGCCAAUUGCGCUUCUUGAAGAACGAUUUGCUGGCCCCAACUUUUUACUACCGCAAUGAAACUCCGCCAGUUCAGCGGUACCUUUUCACUCCCGAGAUUUCAUCAGUAAUUCUCCUUACUGGCUGCAAUACAACUCAUAUGAUGUGAGUUUGGCAAUUUCCUAGUGGAUCAACAAGUAAUGCCAUAUUUGAUGUUUUUCUAUAUUCUUAUCACUUUUCUGCUUGAUAUUGUAUUGAUAUUGUAAGGAGAAAUUCUGUCUUAGUCACUCUUGGAAGUUAAGAACUUAAGAAGGGUGUUCAGUUCGUUGAGUUGAGCACAUGGUUAACUUCUUUACAUAAUCUCGUUGUGUUUUACUUUGUAACUUCGAGAAAUCCUACAUUUGCUGACAAGAAAUUUUCAAUCCUGUCACCUUAUAGUUUUAUUGCUUAUACGGCGGCUUUUGUUUAUUUUUAUUUGUUUGUUAUGUUUUGAAGUUUGGUAGUUUGAGUUACCUUAGCUGCAACUUUUCGUACGGGUUAUUAAACCAAGCGCUCUAUUUUCGACUAAAUAUAAUUCUAAGAGCAUUGUUCUCUUUAAACGACAAUAGGAAUUUGAUCUUAAGCUAGCAAUUAAGGAACUGCACGUCGA